AUCUCAAUGGACAUCGCCCCUGUUGGAACAAUUUCCUGCCUCACUAUGGUUGCGACCAGGUGGAACUCUGUCGUGGAGAGACACCAUACGUCGUCAUCAGGCGACCAGUUGAAUCACGUUUGACUUGAGUUAUACAGGCUGACACGUCGCAAAGGCAUAUCAUGGCGUGCCGAGCGCAUGGACGAGUCCCUGACAGAAGACGACUUCUACUCGGGCCCUCUACGAGGAAUUUUCUCGAAGCUCGAACGACAGCACCUUAUUUUCAAUGUCAAAACAAUGAUUCUAGACGGCCUCAGCGUACCUGCGGAGCUAGUUCGGGAUAUCAUCGUAGACGACCGAUUUAACGUGAAGAUCCUCAGCAUUCGGAAAGUUACCAACAUGAAUCAACGAGGCCUACAGUCAGUACUACGUUACGUUGUAAGGCCCUCUGCUUCAAGUUUGCCCAGACUCAAGGGUCUGUAUCUGUUUGGUCACAAGGAUGCCGCAGCAACGCCGUCAUCCAGAGAUACAUCCAUGUCUUCAGGCCGCAUAUCAGCUGGCGUCAUGUCUUCAGAAGGCGCCCAAAUUGGUGCCGAGUGGAAUGCGAGGUCUGAGGUCGCGCUGUCUGCCGCACUGCUUGGUCACGAUCAACCACUGGAGGAAUGGUGGAGGACCAGAGGCAACGUGUUUGGCCCCAAUAACACCAUUAAAGAUACACCCUCGUCCGACUGGGCCGACAUAUUACUCGCAUGCCAAGGUGUUAUAGCUUUUGACGCAGUCCUCUGUCGCGGUCCGAGGCAUGAUCCCAGUCAAACCGCACCGGAGCGGCUCCUGCGACCUGCAAUCGCGAGCAUAGGAUUCGGUGCAAGAGGCUGUGAGAUAUGUGGUUCUUGCCCCGAACAGCCGGCGGUCUUUGACCGAGACGCAGAUUGUUACUUCCCACUUCUAGCACCGCCCCCGUUGCAUGCUAGCACCAUACGUUCGGCGCAAAGACCGACCUUGCCUCAAAGCCUAGAGACACCACCUCCACUGAUCUUACGUUGUACUGAGUGCGUUCGGGAUCGAUGGUGUCAGAGAUGUAACAAAUGGUGGUGUGAAAAUUGCUAUGAGGAGCCCUUUUCCAGAGCGAAGCGACAACAUCACAAUUCACCAGAGGAUGGCUUUCAAGAAGACAGUGGUUGGAUUGCAGAAGCGAUGAAUUCGAACGCUGGAACAGCGGUAAAGGUAUAUUCAAAUCUCUGUGUGGAAUCCUGCCUCGUUAGUGAGAUGUUGCCUGUUGCCGAUGGCAUGUGGGGAUGAUGAUGAUGCUGCUGCUCUUGCUGCAAUGCGCGGUGUCUACGUCAAAGGGCAUGCUUUCCACUAAGAGUGCUCCCAUGCCCGGGCUCUCUCGGUACAAGAGUCUACGAAAGUGUAUGCGCUUAACAAGGACGCUGGGAGCUUGACCUCGCUGCAGUUUCGCAAUCACAGUCAUUCAAGCAAAAAGCAUCACAAAUCUGACUUAUCUGCAGGGAGUGAGACCAGAAUGCAUUGCUUGCGGCCG